AUGGUGUCUUCUGGUUGCAGAAUGCGAAGUCUGUGGUUUAUCAUUAUAAUCAUCUUCUUACCGAAUAUAGAAGGUUUCAGCAGAGCAGCUUUACCAUUUGGGUUAGUUCGGCGAGAAUUGUCCUGUGAAGGUUAUUCUAUAGAUCUGCGAUGUCCGGGCAGUGAUGUCAUCAUGAUUGAGAGCGCUAACUAUGGUCGGACAGAUGACAAGAUUUGUGAUGCUGACCCAUUUCAGAUGGAGAAUACAGACUGCUACCUCCCAGAUGCCUUCAAAAUUAUGACUCAGAGGUGCAACAAUCGAACACAGUGUAUAGUAGUUACUGGGUCAGAUGUAUUUCCUGAUCCAUGUCCUGGAACAUACAAAUAUCUUGAAGUCCAGUAUGAAUGUGUCCCUUACAUUUUUGUGUGCCCUGGGACCUUGAAAGCAAUUGUGGACUCACCAUGUAUAUAUGAAGCUGAGCAAAAGGCGGGUGCUUGGUGCAAGGAUCCUCUUCAGGCUGCAGAUAAAAUUUAUUUCAUGCCCUGGACUCCCUACCGUACCGAUACUUUAAUAGAAUAUGCUUCUAUAGAGGAUUUCCAAAAUAGCCGCCAAACAACAACCUACAAACUUCCAAAUCGAGUAGAUGGUACUGGAUUUGUGGUAUACGAUGGUGCUGUCUUCUUUAACAAAGAAAGAACGAGGAAUAUUGUGAAAUUUGAUUUGAGGACCAGAAUUAAGAGUGGAGAGGCCAUAAUCAACUAUGCCAACUACCAUGAUACCUCGCCAUAUAGAUGGGGAGGAAAGACUGAUAUUGACCUAGCAGUUGAUGAAAAUGGCUUAUGGGUCAUUUAUGCCACUGAACAGAACAACGGGAUGAUUGUUAUUAGCCAACUGAAUCCAUACACUCUUCGAUUUGAAGCAACGUGGGAGACCGUGUACGACAAACGCGCUGCAUCGAAUGCUUUUAUGAUCUGCGGAGUCCUCUACGUGGUCAGGUCAGUUUAUCAAGACAAUGAGAGUGAGACAGGCAAGAACGCCAUCGACUACAUCUACAAUACCCGACUGAACCGCGGAGAGUAUGUGGAUGUCCCCUUCCCCAACCAGUACCAGUAUAUCGCCGCAGUGGAUUACAAUCCCAGAGAUAACCAGCUCUACGUGUGGAACAACAACUUCAUUUUGCGAUAUUCUCUGGAGUUUGGUCCACCCGACCCUGCCCAAGUGCCUACCACAGCUGUGACAAUAACUUCUUCAGCUGAGCUGUUCAAAACCACAGUAUCAACCACAAGCACUACUUCACAGAAAAGGCCCGUGAGCACGACUGUAGCUGGAUCCCAGGAAGGAAGCAAAGGGACAAAACCACCUCCAGCGGUUUCUACAACCAAAGUCCCUCCUGUAACAAAUAUUUUUCCCCUGCCAGAGAGAUUCUGCGAAGCAUUAGAAUCCAGGGGGAUAUGGUGGCCUCAGACACACAGGGGAGCGAUGGUGGAACGGCCCUGCCCCAAGGGAACAAGAGGAACUGCCUCGUAUCUCUGCAUGGCUUCCACUGGAACAUGGAACCCUAAGGGCCCUGAUCUUAGCAACUGUACCUCACACUGGGUGAAUCAGCUGGCUCAGAAGAUUAGAAGCGGAGAAAACGCUGCUAGUCUUGCCAAUGAGCUGGCUAAACAUACCAAAGGGCCGGUGUUUGCUGGGGAUGUGAGUUCUUCAGUGAGACUGAUGGAGCAGUUGGUGGACAUUCUUGAUGCACAGCUGCAGGAACUGAAACCGAGCGAGAAAGAUUCGGCUGGACGGAGUUAUAACAAAGCAAUUGUUGACACAGUGGACAACCUUCUGAAACCUGAAGCUUUGGAAUCGUGGAAACACAUGAAUUCUUCCGAACAAGCGCAUACAGCAACGAUGUUAUUGGAUACGUUGGAAGAAGGGGCUUUUGUCCUGGCAGAUAAUCUGGUAGAACCAACCAGAGUCUCAAUGCCCACAGAAAAUAUUGUCCUGGAAGUUGCUGUUCUCAGUACGGAAGGACAGGUUCAGGACUUCAAAUUUCCUCUGGGCAUCAAAGGGGCAGGCAGCUCAAUCCAGCUCUCUGCAAACACGGUCAAACAGAACAGCAGGAACGGGCUUGCAAAGUUGGUGUUCAUCAUUUACCGGAGCCUGGGACAGUUCCUCAGUACAGAAAAUGCAACCAUAAAACUGGGUGCUGACUUUAUUGGUCGCAAUAGCACCAUUGCAGUGAAUUCCCACGUCAUUUCGGUUUCAAUCAAUAAAGAAUCCAGCCGAGUGUACUUGACAGAUCCUGUGCUUUUUACCCUGCCACACAUUGAUCCUGACAAUUACUUCAAUGCAAACUGCUCCUUCUGGAACUACUCAGAGAGAACUAUGAUGGGAUAUUGGUCUACCCAGGGCUGCAAGCUGGUUGACACUAAUAAAACUCGUACAACGUGUGCAUGCAGCCACCUAACCAAUUUUGCAAUCCUUAUGGCCCACAGGGAAAUUGCAUACAAAGAUGGAGUUCACGAAUUACUCCUGACAGUCAUCACCUGGGUGGGAAUUGUCAUUUCCCUUGUUUGCCUGGCUAUCUGCAUUUUCACCUUCUGCUUUUUCCGUGGUCUCCAGAGUGACCGUAAUACAAUUCACAAGAACCUUUGUAUCAACCUUUUCAUUGCUGAAUUUAUUUUUCUAAUAGGCAUUGAUAAGACAGACUACAUGAUUGCAUGCUCAAUAUUUGCAGGACUUCUACACUUUUUCUUUUUGGCUGCUUUUGCCUGGAUGUGCUUAGAAGGUGUGCAGCUCUAUCUAAUGUUAGUUGAAGUUUUUGAAAGUGAAUAUUCAAGGAAGAAAUAUUACUAUGUUGCUGGUUACUUGUUUCCUGCCACUGUGGUUGGCGUUUCAGCUGCUAUUGACUAUAAGAGCUAUGGAACAGAAAAAGCUUGCUGGCUUCAUGUUGAUAAUUAUUUCAUAUGGAGUUUCAUUGGACCUGUUACUUUCAUUAUUCUGCUAAAUAUUAUCUUCCUGGUGAUCACAUUGUGCAAAAUGGUGAAGCACUCAAACACUUUGAAACCUGAUUCUAGCAGGUUGGAAAACAUUAAGUCUUGGGUGCUUGGCGCUUUCGCUCUUCUGUGUCUUCUUGGCCUAACCUGGUCAUUUGGGUUGCUUUUUAUUAAUGAGGAGACUAUAGUGAUGGCAUAUCUCUUCACCAUCUUUAAUGCUUUCCAGGGAGUGUUCAUUUUCAUCUUUCACUGUGCUCUUCAGAAGAAAGUGCGAAAAGAAUAUGGCAAGUGCUUCAGACACUCCUAUUGCUGCAGCGGCCUCCCAACGGAGAGUCCCCACAGCUCAGUGAAGGCAUCCACCAGCAGGACCAGCGCUCGGUAUUCCUCUGGCACACAGAGUCGUAUAAGAAGGAUGUGGAAUGACACUGUGAGAAAACAAUCUGAAUCUUCUUUUAUCUCAGGUGACAUCAAUAGCACUUCAACACUUAAUCAAGGACUGACAUCACAUGGUCCGCGAGCCCAUCUUCAAGAUUUAUAUCACUUAGAGGACAUUCACUGA